AUGGCGGUGGUCUUCGAGGACGUGACUGAUCAGCCAGAGGCGACGCCCACGUCUACAGAGUCUGAGCCCCCAAAGACAGACUCCAUCACAUACUCGGAUGCGCCGAUUGUGAUCCCUGAUCCUUCAGGAGAUGUCCCUGAGGAGUGCGAGGCGAACGCCGCCUCCAGCUCCGAGCAGGUUGCGCUGCAGGAGCUGUACACGGCAGCCUUGGAGGUGGCGCCUGCGGAGGCGACGCAACGAGCCGUGUACCACUGCAACCGCGCGGCAUGCUCCCUCCGACUGGCGCGGCACGCCGAGGUCGUCACGGACUGCAGCCACGCGCUGGAGCUAGACCCAACCUACGGCAAGGCGCUGAUGCGCAGGGCCGCUGCUUAUGAAGCCCUGGACGACCUGGAACAUGCCCUGCUGGAUUUUGACAAGGCAGUAGAGCUAGAUGCAGGGAACAGCGCCGCUGGUGCUGCGGCGGCGCGCCUCCGACCUGUCGUGGAGGAGAGGAGGGAGAAGCUCAAAGACGAGAUGCUGGGCAAGCUCAAGGAGCUGGGAAAUACAGUACUCGGCAAGUUCGGGAUGAGUCUCGACAACUUCAAGGCAGAGAAGGACCCAGCCACCGGCUCUUACAGCAUCAAAUUUGGACAGUGA